CCUGAGCGCGGAACAGUUUUUAGCAGAGCGUUGGAAUAGACAACGUGUUUUGUACGUUGUUUGUUCUAUACAAAGGCAAGGUUAUGUUGAUUACUUCAGCAUCAUUGUUUAGCAUCCAUACAACUCCAUUUAGUGCAUAGUAAGUAAUGCCUAACUUGGCUCACUCGUACUAUAUAGUAUAACACUCAGAUACACAUAACAGCAGCGCCAUCUAUUGGUUUGGCUAACUAUGAUCACAUGUUAUGGACACAUUUAUUUCAGCAACUAAUGAGGGAUGAGGUUAUUGCUCUGGAGGAUAUGCUGAAAAAUGGACAACUCUCUUUCACUUUAAUUCAGCAAAGUUUCUCUAAAUUCUACAAUGACGCACUAGCUUCGAACGCUGAAAACAAACUAUAGCGCAAUGGGAAACACACGCUGGAAACAUGGCAUCUAUUAAUCGGUGUUUGAUAAAUCAAUGGGUCUCAUCAUUCUUAUUAUUCUUAUCAAACCCUAGACGUUCAACGCGAACUUUUAAUCGACCAUGUAUUUUACUUGAUUUAUUUGGUUUACCUUCAAACAAAAGUAACUUCACGGUAUAACAGCCUAACAUUUUCACUGUAUCAAAAUAGUUUUCUUAUAUCUUCGACUGUGAUUUCGAGCGUGGUCAUUAAUUCAAUUAUGCAAUCAGGGGUCUAUUCUGUAUAUUUCUGAAAAGUCAGUCAUUACUGAUGACAAAAAAAACUACUGGAAAGAUGCUUGAAAUGCUGCUUUUUGGAUAUUUGAUUACAUGCGUUUCUGGUAAGAAUUUUUUGUCUUCACUCCCGACAUUUUCUAAACAUAAAAUAGCGGUAUAUUCUGGACUCUUAGGCCAGGGACGAGCAGACGUGGUGCUGUCCUGUUCUCUGGUGGAGGAGAGUAGUGGGGUGGGGGAAAUGGGAGGUGGGGCUCUCUUCAGCCUCACCUCAGCCACGCUUGUCCUCAGAGACCUGGCCGUGACCCCUGAUCUUUCACCUGAUACUCUGACCCCCUUCAACCCUCCUGCUGUCCCCGAUCCUGACAACAUCAUCUUGGAGACUAAAGUUGAGUCUCACGAGAUCCCAGAGGCAGACCUGCUGCUCCACGCUGACUGUAACGAGCAGGAAGUGACAUGUGAGAUCAGCCGCUACUUCCUUCAUAAAGCAAAGGAGGUCUCCACAGAACCAGCUUAUUUCAUUGGCUCCUUGCAGAUGGAGGGUGGCGUGCUCAGCCUCAAAUUGGUCCUGCAGACACUGCCACUGGACCAAUCAGAUCGUCCAGCUCUCAUACAAAGCAAACUGGAACUCACCCUCAGCCAAUCAGGAACUUUGCUGACUGAGGUGGUGUUCCUGGUGUUCUCUCGCUCAGAGUCCCACUCUGCUCCUCUAGGGGGCGUGGCCUUCCUGGAUGGCUUCAGGCAGCAGGCCCCACCCCCAGGGCAGGAGCUGGGGCUUGAGUGGCAGCACAGAGGAAGUGGAAGGAAAAUGCUGGCGAUUAGGGCAGGGCAGAUGGAGGCGGAGGAGGGGCCAGCGGUACACGUGGAGAGGGAGGGUUCGAGCGUGGAUGCCUAGCUUCUCUACACAUAUGAACAUGCGUUUAUUACAUUAGGUGUCUAUGUCAUGUGUGACAUAGUGUGCACACUAUUCACAUCUAAAUACGAAGUCUCUCUGUCUUCAGAACCUCCUCAUGUUUCUCUCUCUGAGGAGAAGCUGGUAUUUCGGGAUGAGUUGCCCCAGAAACUGAGCUGCCACUGCAAGAACUACUACCCUCUGGAUGUCCAGAUGGAGUGGUUCUCCGUCUCCUCUACAGACUCAGAGCCAGGCGUUCUAUCAGACCAGGUGUCUCUCUCCAGCCAUCGGCAGCACAGCGACAGGACCAUGUCCAUCUCCUCCCACCUCACCCUGCACCCCUCCACCUUCCCCCCUGGAACCACGGUCACCUGCAGAGUGACCCACCCGGCCCUGGACACACCCCUCUCCCUCAGCCUGACAGUAGAGACACCUGAGCCAGAUUACUACUGGAUGGUCCUGGGUCUGGUUAUCACCGUUCUGUUCUUCUACCAAGUGAUGAAAUAGGUAAGUUCCCCAUGCUCCCUAUGGACCUCCUUGUAUUUUUAACUGUUGUUUGUAGUAAGACAACAGGAGCCUAGAGAUGCGAAGCAAAUUUCUGUCCAAACAGACAAAUAAUACAUUUUUCUUCUUUUUUUUCUUGCAUGUCUUAAGAGUUGCUGUAAUGUGAAUUACUGUUGUACUAUAAACAGUUAUACAUUUUCUUCAAAUAAAUGUUUUCUUUGAUAGUAUCAUUGGUGUUGUUCUCUGAAUCUGGAGAGACGGUGUGGGAUUAAACCUGUUCAUUUUCACUUCAAUGAUGAAAACAUUCAUGUUGAUG